AUGGCAACCAUCGACAGCACGAAGAAAAAAUAUGUUUGUGGCUUCACGGUUCAUGAUGCCAAGGAGCUCAGUCAGGAUGGAAGCGCUGUAGAUCCUUUAGUAGUCGUCCGAUGUCUUGGCAAGGAAUACAAAACAGCGAUGAAGUCCGGAAAGAUCCAGCAUUGCAAGUUUGAAGAGUCUUACAUUUGGAAUGACUUGUACGUCACGGAGACCGAGUUCAGCAUGACCUGCAUCGAGUUUGAGUUGCAGGCAGCCAACAUUUUCACUCGGAAUACCGUGCUGGGCACUGGAAAGGUGCAGCUUGCUAUGGUGAGGCAGCGGCCAAAUCACACCUACAACCGCAAGCAGAUUCAAUUGACCGUCGAUCACAGACUCACCUCCAAAUUGACGGUCACCGUCUUUUGCUACGGUGAGGGUGAUAAGCCUCCAGCUCCUGAUGAUGCCAUUGAGAACAAGGAGGAAGUAGAAGCACACCUCAACGAUCUCACCACAGCUGUGAUUGGUGAUGUAGGCAACAAGAAUCAAUUCAAUCAAUUCUACCACCUCUUUGUGCAAGUGCAUCGAGCAGAGCACUUGGGUGGUGCCGAGAAGACGUUUAAUCCAUAUGUAUCCGUUGAAUUCAACGGCCAUGAACUUAGAACUCCAGCUGCAAGAGAUACACAUACUUUGGCAUUCGAUGAGCAAUUCCGGAUCCCCGUGACAACGCCACUUUUUCAGGAUUCGAUUGUGAUCCGCAUUUGGGACUCCGCCAAAUGGGUGCGGGAUGAGAUCAUUGUUCAGGGGAGAUUAUCUUUCUCGCUACUACGAAUGCAUGCCAUGUCGCCCAAGUGGUUCAAUUUCUACGGCUUCAAGAGUGAAGAGGUUCCGGAUGUCCAGGCCAUUACCAGCUCUGGUGAAGUUGCAGAGGAAAAUGCCUAUUUGGGUCGACUGCUCAUCAGUGCCAGAGUGAACAAGGUUGAAUCUAUGGCAGCCUUACAGCUUCCUGCUGUGAUGAGGAGGUCCUUGUGA